AGAAGAGGAAGUUGACAUGUUUUGGGAAACAUGAAGCGGGUCACGCGUCAAGAGUGUGAUGAAGGUCCAGUUCCUGAGGAGCAGGAGACGGAGGGGCAGCGGCAGCUCCACAGCCUAUUGCUCCAGCAGCUUGAUACGGAUGUUAACGUAGACCGUUGUGUAGCUAAGAAGAAAUGCUUUGCCCCAGCUGCCCUGUACAAGCCCUUCGGUGAGCAGGCAGCGGGGGUGCGCAGCCUGGCCCAAUUCCAGGCACUGCAGGAUGGAGAGAAGGAGCUGGCCAGCUUGAGAGAGCUGGGCCUCACUGACGCUGAGAUUGAGCUGUGGCAGAGCAGAGACCUGAUAGAGACUGAAUGGAAGAACCGGGGAGUACAUGUAGCUUCAGAGGUGAGGGACGCGCGGCUCCAAGUCAUUAGGGACAAGAUGACUGCGCGAGUGGAGUUGCUCUCACGACCCCAGCGCUUCUCAGCCAGUCGAGCCCUCUCCCGCAGAGAAAUGGAGAUCGAGAAAUCUCUCUUCCAUGGCAACGACCGCUGCAGCUUCCUUACUGCCCUCUACCAUCAAGAAGAAGAUUCACAGAACGGCCAACAGGGGGCAACAUCCUCAAACCCAAUGGAUACAUUGUAUAGAGACUUCCUCAAAGACCAGCAGAAAGCCUCUGAUUACAGCACACUGGACUCUCACUCACCUCUGUUAGCUCCCUCAAAUAAACUUUAUUUGACAGAGACAGAUACCUGUCAUAAUCAAUCACUGCUUCCAGACCAAGACCCUGAUCGGUUGCACGCCCCCAAAGACUGCCCUAAAUCAUCAGUAAGCCAUGAGCCAGUCCCACCAAUAGCUGACAAAGCACAGUGUCAAAAUCAAGAGAAACACAGUGGCCUGAAAAUCACAGUGAACCAGCCGAUCGGACGUCUCACCGCUUCUUCCUCGCAGAUCCAGAACGGUCCAGUGACAGUCAGUGGAAGGAUAGAGGAGAUUACAGACGAGGAGAUCAGGAACAAUCGGGAGAUGGAAGAGGGCAUCAGGAAAAUUCCACGCUUUCAGAACUACCAGCGUGGAGAGCCGUCACAUGUGCUGUGUGUGAAGAAUAUGAGUCCUCGGGCCUCUCUAGCCCAGCUGGUGUCUCUGUUCUCCAGGUUUCAGAAGGAUGACACUAACCCGAUUCUAUACCGCCUAUUGACGGGCAGACUGAAAGGCCAAGCCUUCAUCACGUUCUCUGAUAUAGAGACUGCACACACAGCUUUGGAUAUGUUGAAUGGGUACAGGCUGCUGGACAAGCCUCUUGUCAUUGAGUUUGGUCGGGAGAGGAAAAAUGCAAGUGGAGACUCCACUACAACUACAACGCAAGUGGUUCUGGAAGACUACAAGAACUAAUUGUUUUGCUCGUCAUUCUGAAAUUACCGUACAGUAAAAUGCUGUAAAUAUUAAUCUUGUAAAUAAAACAGUAUGUACAUUUCUUUAA